GACAGGAAAAAGGACCACCGGCGUAUGAAAUUCUCUCUUGGACUCUACGGGCUGUAAGCAGGCCACAAUGGGGUCUCGGAAGUGCGGGGGCUGCCUGAGCUGCCUGCUAAUUCCACUUGCACUUUGGAGCAUCAUUGUGAACAUAUUACUGUAUUUCCCCAACGGGCAGGUCUCCUACGCAGCCAACAAUAAGCUCACCAACUACGUGUGGUAUUUUGAAGGAAUCUGUUUCUCGGGUGUCAUGAUGCUGAUGGUAGCYGUGGUUCUUCUUGUCCUGGACAAUGAGAGCCGCUAUAAGUGUUGCCAGAGUGAAAAUUGCACCAAAAAAUACAUGACCAUGUUGUCGAUUAUCUUUUCUGCUCUGGGAAUUGCUUUCUCUGGAUACAGCAUGGUCAUAUCUGCUCUGGGUCUCCUCCAGGGCCCAUACUGCCGCACCCUCCAUGGCUGGGAAUAUGCCUUUGAAGACACCGCAGGACGUUUUCUGACAGAUUCCAGCAUGUGGAGCCAAUGUCUGGAGCCCACGCAUGUGGUGGAGUGGAACRUGAUUUUGUUUUCCAUCCUCAUAGCCCUGAGUGGGCUUCAGGUGAUCAUCUGCCUCGUCAGAAUCUCCAUUCAGCUUUCCAAGACCCUGUGCGGCACCUACUCCGUCAUCAUCCAGCCUGGAAUCAUCUGAAUAUGGACAAGAGUGUUUUUAUUGUCAAGAUACAGCUGUCAACCCAAGCCUCAGGCCCACUGGGUGACACUGGAUGAGGGCAUUUCCUGCAUUUGGUGUUCAUCAUGCCCAUUUGUGAAAUUUACAGUCCUCACUGGAAGUGCCAAUCGGGCCACCUUUUAAUUGAGAAUUUUUUUCAAACUAAUGUGUCAGGAACUUUACAAGUAUGUGUAGUUAUACCCUUCAAUCAAAUAAGUCCAUUUCCAAGAAUCUGUACUAUGAAAACAAGUAAGAAUAUAAGAGAAAAUUCUAUGCAAAUGUGUAUUGCAACAUGGUCUAAUAUUCUGGAAAAUAGGAAAUCCCCCAAAAAUCUAACUUUGGGGGAAAAAUUAAAGCAUGGUACAUUAAAUGUAAAAUUAUAUGAUAAUUAUGAAUGAUGUUUUAGAGGUUAGGAAUAAUGCUACAUAAAAAAGCAGGUUACAAAUUUCUGUUUACAGCACUAGCAUAACUAUUUAAAACAAACCACCAAAUAAUCAAAGUUUAGGAUAAAAAUGAAAUCUAGUAAGAAAC